AUUGUGUAGGCGCAGUCACACUGGUCGCGUCGCUCGUAGGAAUCGUGUAAGGAUAUGUCUCCGUGUUUAGCUAAAUAAAAUACAUAAAAUAUAUGUGCAACUCUUAAAAGCAUAGCCAUUUAGCGUAGAGUAGUGGAACGAACAGCUCGUACCGGGCCAGAAACAACAAAUUAACAAGCAAACGCACUAAAGUUUGUCGCGCAUAAGCGGAAUAAAGAUAUAAUAAUAGACCAGCUACCAACACAAACAAACACACACACGGCCAGAAGUUCGUUGGCGUUGAAAGGGAAAAAUACCGAAAUGAAAGGAGAAUAACAGUGCAAUAGAUUCGGUUUACAUUGUGCAAAAAAUCGAAGUAGCCCCUGCCAACAGGGUCGCUAAAAAUAAAGAAGGCGACGACAGCCUCUGUUUAUCGUUGGGAAUAAACAAAUAUAUGGCCAGCGGAGGAGAAUCAUAACAAAGGCGCAAGACUAGCCAGCAUAAAAGACAAAGGAGCUCUCUCCCCCGACGUCACCCCCUACCAAUUUGGGGUUGAAAACCCCCCCUCGCGUUGCGGUGCAGCAUCGCCUCGACUAUGCGAUACCCUGCAAUCUAGUUUUUAGUGCUAUAGAGAGAGAAAGUUACGAACAAAAUGCCUUGCGACAACGCCAAAACCAAUUCGGAUAUCGAGCAUGUGGAUUGGAAUUCCGGCCAGCACUAUGCGAAUGUCAGAUUCGGUUCGGGCAGCAGCCAGGCAUCGCAGAACAGCGGCGACAUCUGCCGCAUCUGCCAUUGCGAGAGUGAUCCGCAGAAUCCGCUGCUCACGCCGUGCUACUGCUCCGGCAGUCUGAAGUACGUGCACCAGGCGUGCUUGCAGCAGUGGCUCACCGCCUCCGAGACGAACUCCUGCGAGCUCUGCAAGUUCCCCUUCAUCAUGCACACCAAGAUCAAACCCUUCAACGAGUGGCGCAGCCUUGACAUCUCCGGCAUUGAAAGGCGGCGGCUGUGCUGCUCCGUGCUGUUCCACUGCGCCGCAGCCCUAUGCGUCAUCUGGUCCCUCUGUGUGCUCAUCGAGCGGGCCGCCGACGAUGUCCAGCGUGGCCUAAUAGACUGGCCCUUCUGGACAAAGCUGGCCGUUGUCACCGUGGGCCUUACCGGCGGAAUAGUCUUCAUGUAUAUCCAGUGCAAGGCAUAUCUUCACCUCUGUCACCGCUGGAAGGCACGCAACAGAAUUCUACUGAUUCAAAAUGCGCCGGAAAAGAUACAUCCAGUGGCACCUCCAUCCCCAGUGGCCGCCCAUCAUCAGCACUUCAGUGAGCCACUGGCUCAUGCCGGAUCGACGAGCGGUGCAGUGGAAAUCAAUGCCAGCGGUGCGGCCGGAGGAUACUGUGCCCACGAGGCGAACUGUGCCUCAAUGGAUAAUGGUGGCGGCGGUGCAGAAAUGGGUCUACAUCAGCAAAUGCAGCGCCUACUAAACGCCUCGCCCCAUCAUAUGCUCCAAAUGGCCGCAGAACUAGAGGUGCCGCACAGCAGUAGCAGUGCCUGCACGCAGACGGAGGACGGACAUGGCCACCAGCGGCACCAGCAGAUGCAGCAGAGCGGCCAGCAAUUGGGCCAAGUGGCGGUGGCCGCCAACAUCGAGUGCUCGCAGUCACAGCACAAUUACGAUCGCGACUGGGCCCUCGAUGAUGUGGUCUCGCAGAUCUCAUCAUUCCGGCCCUGUCCUCAGGGAUCGGGCAGCAUGACGCCCUUCCACGACUCCAUACACAACGUGCUGGAGCACUCGGAGGGCUCUAGUCGCGGCUCUGCUACGGAUCUGUGCGCCGGAUCACGGCAGGAUCUCAGUGCCAGCGGCAUUUCCACGGAUACAGGCCGCGAGCACGCUCUGCAACUAAGCAGCUUCAGUGGUAGUGGCGAGCACAAGGCUCCCUCGAUCAGUUCCGGAGUAUCUCAUGCGGUAGCCAACGGGCUAGGCGGAUUUGUUUACAAGCCGCACCAGACCAAGCGCUACUCCAACUCGUCCAUCUUUCUCGAGAACCGCGAUGUGCUGAGCGAUCAGACCAGCGUGGGUCCCGAUACUGCCGUACAUCCUUACGAUUACAGCACGCCGCCAAAGAUCGACUACCGUCACUCUGGGAUAAUGGGCGUGGAUUUGCCCAUUGGUUGCUGCACCACUGAUUGUUUAGGUGGUCAGCAGACGAAGGAGGAACUUCGUCGCUACUCGGAUCCCAAGCUGAAGCCCGGCGAAGCGGAUACCGUGCUGGAUAUCGACCUGCCCACAUCGCCACUAUCACCACCUGCCGCCUAUGCCAGCAGCCAGCAGAAGCAGCGGAAUUCCCGUCAGCAUCCACAUCCGCUUGUGAUCUCCUCAUCCUUUGACCGCGGAGUGAAUGGGGUCAGCAGCAGCAAGAGCAGCAGGGGCUACGGUCCCUCGGACGCCCAGGUGGAUAGAUCGCGGCUCAGUUUCAAGUCGUUGCCAAAUCUCAGCAGCAGCUGCGAAAGCCUACUCCAGAAGUGAAUGGAGUAUCCUGCCCAACUGAUCUGAUGUGAUCCACUAUGAUCUGCGCGCUCUCUCUCCCCCCAAUAAGCUCUGCUCUCAAGUAUUCACCGCUGGUCGACGGAGACCCCGAGAUCCACAUAGAAAGUAAAAUCGAAAUACUAUUUUUUAUACCGCACACCAAGGGGCUUCAAAAGCCAGAUCGUGGCCAGCGGCCCAACAAUCCCUAUGUUCUCCUCUUUAUAUAGCAAAGCCCAUAAACAAUUUGAGACUGCAAUGAUUAACACAAAACACAAAAAAAAAACAAAAGAUAACUUAAAA